GGCUGGUUUCACAGGGAGCGGAGGCAUUUGAGUCAGGGCACACAUGCUUCAGCUGUGAGAGACCCAACUCCCCUUGGCUGGCUGGCAUCCCAGAGCAGAGGCAGAGAGAGACAGAGACAGAGGGCUGAGUGUGAGACGCCGAGGGUUAGGAGAGCUUUCAAGUGGAGAGCAGGCUUAGGAGAGGCAAACAAGUGGUUUAGAAAGUCCAGAAAGGAAGAGAAGGAUUUAGAAAGUGACAUCUGUGUGUGUGGGCUCCUCUAGUUGUGUAAUUUUGUCUGUUGUGAGCUUGGAAGUCAUUUGUGUUUGGAGAUGACAGCUAUGGCGGACAGUGUGAAGAAGGAUCAUGCAGGUCUUGCAGAAGUGUCUUAUGACGACGACGAGGUGGCGCUGGUCGGCGCCGCCACAGAGCCGGCGGUGGACGACGACGACCCCGACGUAGGGCCGGGCCUGGUGCUGGCCGCCGGCUCCGGGGAGAAGAGCGAAGCCCAGAUGAACGGCGUCAUGGUCCUGUCUCUGCUCGACAAGAUCAUCGGGGUGGUCGACAAGAUCCAGCAGACCCAGAACGGGCUGGAGGCCCGGCAGGAGGCCAUGGAGAAGUCCGUGUCAACCAUCCAAGGGGAGCUGGCCAAGCUGUCCAAGAACCACGUCGGCACCGCCAACACCGUCAACAAGAUGCUGGAGAAGGUGCGCAAGGUGAGCGUCAACGUCAAGACGGUGCGCAGCAACCUGGAGAAGCAGGCGGGGCAGAUCAAGAAGCUGGAGAGCAACGAGAGCGAGCUGCUCAAGAGGCGCAACUUCAAAGUCCUCAUCUACCAGGACCAAGUGAAGCCACCGAAGACAACCAAACCGGAGACCGUGGCUGAGGGCAAAGCCGUGGAGGGCCUUCAGCAAAUCCCCGAAGAGGGAGCUCCGGCCAAUUCAGACGAAGAGGUGGAGAUCGAGGAGAUCAUCGAAGAGUCUCGUACAAAACGUCUCCAGCGAUCCACCAAGCAGCAGGUGGACAACAUCAAGAAAGCCUUCUCCAAAGAGCAGAUGCAGAAGACUAAGGUGAAGACCAGGGAGAACCUGGAGAAGACCAGGCAAAAGACCCGCGAGAACCUGGAGAAGACGAGGCAGAAAACCCGCGACAACCUGGAGAAGACUAAACACAGCCUGGAGAAGAAGAUCGGCAAGCUGGGCACCCGCAUGACGCCCAACCAGGAGCGCCGGGCCAAGAUGAAGAGCUCCCGGGAGAAGAUGAAGAAGUCCCUCACCCCCGACCACACGGUCUACGCCCGCUCCAAGACGUCGGUGUACCGCGUGCCCCCCUUCACCUUCCACGUCAAGAAGAUCCGGGAAGGGGAGGAGGAGGUGGCGGUGGAGAACACGGAGAUGGUGGAGGUGAGCGAGGCGGAGCUGCCGCCGGAGGCGGGGGAGAACGGGCUGGGGGGCGUGCACGUGGAGGUGGAGGAGGGCGAGCUGGUAAGUGUAGACGGGCCGGAGGUGCAGGGUCUGCUGCAGGUGACUGAGGACUCCCCGCUGGUCAGCGUGGAGCCAGACCAUCUAAAGAAGGCCCAGAGCGAGUGAGGCCGCCCGGAAGACACACAACGACGAAGACGACGAAGAAGAAGGAAGAAGCACAGUCUGGAUGAACGAGGACACAGUCAUGGUCGCGGGGACUUUUCUAGAUGUGAUCACAACCGUAAUCGUUUUUCAUUUUUCUUUUUAAUGUACCCAACAGGGAUGACUUUCAUAUUUGCUCAUGUUUAGCGUACAACUAAGAAAAGAAAUGGAAUAAAAACAAAGCUAGUAUUUGGAAGAUGCUACAGGCUGACUGGAUAUGCUUGACUCAUAUGUGUCAAAUCUUUGCUAUUUGUUUGAAUAACUGUGUGGCUUUAAAAAAAACAAAAACAAAGGGAAAACUGUUUUUGUCCUAAAGAUGAUCUUUGUAUGAUAUAGAUUUUUGACUAAAUGGAACGAGGACGUUUUUAAUAAGGCUGAUUGAGUGGUGGAUGUUUCAGGCAUGUGUGAAACCAGAACAAAAUGAAUUUUAGGUUUAAUUUAACAAAAGUCAAGAUGCAAGCAAGAGGAGAUAAGAGGAAGUGUUUACCCCUGAUAUGUAAAAGCACUUUGGGGAUUAAUUUUAUUUGCUGCCAUCUACUCACACAUUGUUCCAUAUGUUGCAAUAUAAUUCUUAUUACAUGAUCAGUAAUACCCAAUAAUAUAUCAGAUUUUUUUUAAUAGUUAUUGACAAUAAGCUAUAUCUGAGGCAGUAAUAUUUAAAGGACUUGACACCGAUCAGUAUUAUGUUUGUACAUUUCUUGUUGUAAAGGAAGCUAAUAGUGACCAAGGUCCUCAAAGAGCCUUUCACUAAUUUUGAAGCUUUACUGUAGUAUUAUCUGUUUUGGAGUUUUAACUACAUAUUUAAGCCAUUCUUGAGUAAUAUGAAAGCUGUAUCAUGUGUUGAUAUAAGUUUAAACGUUAUUCCUGAUUCACUGCAAUGUCGUAAUUUGAUGGGCGUUUCAGACACUCGCCAAAUCCAUGGCGUGUGGACAUACUGUUCCCACCACAUUGCGCACUGAGAGUAAGGAAAAUGACUGUCACCAUGGUCACAGCUCAUCACUGUUCAUUUGCACAUCCUUAUUAAAUUUUCCCAAAGUAAUUGCAGUCAAAAAAGAAAAAAAAAAAAAGGAUGGCCUGAAGAUCAGGGUGACAAAUUAAUGAGUUACUAUGUAAUACUUUGGGAGGCAAAUGCCAUUCUCAGUGCAGGCGGAUGGAGGCUGCCAGGUAUUAUGAAUGGCAUAGCACUUUAAUAAAUGUCAGAAGACCGUAGCAGUGUAAUUCACCCCACAAAUUCUUUUGCCGACCAGUUGUAAUCUCGUGUUCUUCCUCUGAAGGAUGAGCGGAGGCUUUUGUAAUUAUUCUGAACCUAAUGUAAACUGGUGAUGGUGACGCUCAAUCACUGCCAGUUUUCGUCGUGUAAAGCUGGCAAAGCACAUCUCCAGACAGGAGCAAGGUGAAUGGAUCACUUCUGUUUUUCCUCCCCUGGAGACUUGCCUGUCCUUGGCUUGGUGUAGGCACAUAAAGGCCCACUGUGGAGCAGGGAACACCAUUAAAAUAAUCAAUGGGUGGAGAAAUGCAAUUAAGGAGAGUGCUCCUUUCCAGCACUGAGCAGGAGAGACAACAGGGAGACAGAGGACAAAGGAUGUGUGUUUGUGUGUGUGUUGUUAAUAAUAUAAAGAAAGUAUGUGCAUACCUUACACUCAAGUGGAAGAUGCUUUGAAAUAAAUCAUUAACAGGCCUGUAACAUCACAUCGGUGUAUACUUUGUAUGGAUUUCAUUCUUUUUUACAGAUAUCCGGCUUUUGAAAAAAAAAAAAUGCUUUGCCAUUAUGUAUAUUUUGCCUUGUUUUAAUGAAAAGAAAAAUAUAGCUUAAACUAGAGGCUGCAGUUUCUGCACUUUUACAUGUACACUCUGCGCCAUAAUGUGACAUAUAACUGUUGUUAGUGUUACAAAAUAGCAGGAAAUUGAUUAAGCUUGCCAUAUUGUGUUGUGUUCAAAGCUUAUUUUUGCCUAUCUGACAAUGAAUAAAGGCUGAAUGAAAAUUA